CUGUCAAAACAACCACGACCACGCGAGCGAAGCAAUCCGAGCUAUUGGUAGGUAGUCUUGUCAGCAACAUAUAUCACUUGCCACCUCUUUAAGUACUUCAUAUCUGCUCCUUAUUUUCCGCCAUCGCCAUCAAGUUCAGCUCGUUCAUGCUUGAUAACGAAGAAUACUCUCAUGGACGUCGAAGGAGCGUCGACGUCGGCGGUUUGGCGCUUGCACUCGAAAACCAAGGCUUGGGUCAUGGGUGGGGUGGAUGGGAAGAGGAUGAGCAAGGAGAGACUCGCUAUGCCGAACUACUUAGCGAUAUGUACAACCACACCCAGACUACCGUCAGCCAUCAUGUACAUGACAUCUCUCCAAUCGUGAUACCUGCCCAUACGCGAGCCCACCUCAUCAAAUCUCUCGAUAGUUGGCAUUUCGAGCCGCAGAACCUACCCGAGGAGGAAGUCCUAUUCUGCGCGCAAAUUUUGUUUGAAAGUCUGUUCCGAAUUGAGCAUAUGCGAGAGGAUAUAGGCGUCUCCCUCGAUGAUAUCUCCGUGUUCUUGAAACAUCUGCAGCCCCUAUACUGUGGACAUAACAGUUAUCAUAAUUUUCAGCAUGCUGUAGAUGUGAUGCAGGCCUCCCAGGCCUUCCUGUGUGCAGCAGGUGUCGUACCUCCAGUGUCUAUAUUGUUGGAUAAUGACAACUGCACAUGGAGACCAAACAAACUGGGGAAGGAACGACGCCUCGCAUUCGAUCUCAGCAACACAUGUCUUUUUGCUCUCUACAUUGUUGCCAUUGGCCAUGAUGUAGGUCAUCCCGGAUUGACAAAUAUGUUCAUGAAAAAUGCCAAGGCGCCGUUAUCCGACGUGUAUGACAACAAGUCAGCUCUUGAACAGAUGCACUGUGCCCUCCUCAUACAAGCAAUGCGGCACCAUGGCCUGGGGAAACUCUUGGAUCGACCAGACUGCGGUUUUAGGAAAAUGCUUGCUGGUAUCGUAUUGGCUACGGACAUGAGUGUCCACUAUCAAUUCAUCAGAGAUUUUCAAUCACUUGUGGACGGUAGAGAAUAUUCUUUGGAUCGGCGCCGAUUACUGCUUUGCCAGGCAAUAAUAAAGUGUGCGGACAUCAGCAAUCCUAGUCGACCGCCCGGCGUCUCGCAUUACUGGGCAAAUGCCUUGAUGGCUGAAUGGACCUAUCAAGCAUCACUAGAGAAGCGCUGGAGUUUACCUCCAUCCGUCACGCCUUCCGAAUGCCAACUAGACCAAGUCCGAGGACAAAUAUUUUUCAUCGGUUCAUACGCCAAGCCACUCAUGGACCUUGUUGCACAAGCUGUUCCUGAAAUGGAGAUAUUCGCUUGUCAGUGCACUACAAAUUUAGCCAUGUGGGUGGCCCGCAAAGAAGUUCUGUCCUCCUCAUCUGCAGAAGAUUCUCCUGUAGUCAUGCCAUCCCUUCGCCCUCCUGAAGAUUUCAUCACUUGCUUUCCCCUCACUCUCCCCGCAUUCGUUCUUACAGCUGACGAGCCUCCUACCUCCGGCGAGUGGCAUUCUACAUAUCCGCCCUCAGAUUCCUCAUCAUCAUCGGAUUUUGGCUCUGAUGUUCACGUCGAUCCCCUAGUGGUAUUCCCAUCCCUUUCACCCCCUGCAUCCCCCGUGCCAUCCGUAUGCUCGUCUUACGCCCCUGCUCCGCGUAGUUCGUCAUCAAGUCUCGCAAGCAAUACUAGCGAUGCUACACAAGCGAUGCGAGCCGCUUAUUCAGCGAGUGUGCGGAAGAAGAAAAGUUUCCAUCACCGGUACUCUUGGAAUGUAUCCAUCAACUCUGGAUCGUCCACAGGUAUCUCAAGUCCCCCACCAUUACUUGCCACCAUUCCAAAAGCUGCAUUAUUGCUAACUGAGUCCACUGCGUCAAACGGAGCUACCGUCACGUCAGUGACUGCCAUGGUGUCAUCCCCCGUAGGUGGUGAGAAUAACGGAGGACUGAAGGUGCCAUGAUCUCCCAACAAGGGUGCCACAUGGUCCACGCGGCCACCUCGACUGUCGGCACCACAUUUUGCGCAAUGCAUUUGACAUGCGACAAUGACAUGACUCAUGUCCGGUGGAGGCUACCCGGGCUCGCCUUGAUUCGCGUCAUAAUUCUUGGGCUAUCGAGCAAUCGCCGAUAAGGGGGAGAUAAACAGGUGUUAACUGUGUUAAUUCACUCAAUUCACCUACGCUUUGUCAAGUUUGGGUCUGUUCGUUUACUCUUCGUGCAUUCGAUCUUCUAUUCCCUUUUUGUUGUUUGGCUUACCAGCCCCAGCUUCCUUGAUUAAUAUACUGGCGGCUUAUACUACAUACCAUCAUACCAAUGAGGCUACAGCGGAUGUCCACUGUACGAUAUUAUUCAUCAUAAACUAUUGAUUGAAGAACGGGAAUGAUUUCGGGC